AUGCAAAAGUACAGGAUCCUUGGCAAGAAGGGGGAGGGUACUUUUAGUGAGGUCCUUAAAGCACAGGAUAUAGAGACAAAGCGUUUUGUGGCGAUUAAAUGCAUGAAAAGGCUUUUCAAGUCAAAGGAGCAGGUGAAUCGUCUGCGUGAGAUUCAGGCGGUGCGACGACUGCAGCCGCAUCCAAACAUAGUUCAGCUCAUUGAGGUGAUGUUCGACCGGUCAACAGGACGACUGGCUCUGGUCUUUGAGUACAUGGAGAUGAAUUUGUAUGAACUCAUCAAGGGGCGUCGACAGUACCUUGGCGAGGAACGGAUCAUGAGCUUUAUGUACCAGCUUCUUAAGGGACUUGACCAUGCUCACCGCACGGGUCUAUUUCACCGUGAUGUAAAGCCGGAGAAUCUCUUGGUAAAUGAGGACGGCACGUUGAAGGUGGCUGAUUUUGGAUCGUGCAAAGGCGUAUACUCUAGGCAGCCAUUGACAGAAUACAUUUCCACUCGCUGGUACCGUGCCCCGGAGUGUCUCUUGACAGAUGGCUAUUACACGUAUAAGAUGGACUUGUGGAGUGCGGGGUGUGUGUUCUUUGAAAUUAUGACUCUCUUUCCCCUUUUUCCCGGGAAUAAUGAGUUAGAUCAAAUUUACAAGAUCCACAACAUAAUUGGCACCCCGCCUCCUGAAUUCCUUAAUAAGUUGAAGAAGUACGGCACACGCAUGGAGUUCGAAUUUCCACGGAAGAACGGUACUGGACUUGCGAAGUUUUUGCCGAAUGCUUCACCCGAGGCCUUAGACUUGUUAACAAAGCUGCUGACAUACGACGAAGAGCAGCGGGGAACGGCACGGGACGCGCUGCGACACCCGUAUUUUAAAACGUUAAGAGAAAGUGAGAAAAAAGCUAGGCGUAUGCGAUUAGAAAAUGAAAAGUCGAAGAUGAUGGAGUCGAAAACAGAGGGAAUUAUGUUCCCUCAGCUGAGCAACACGUGCUCACAGGUGCCAAGCCACACAGCGUCGAAAACCCUUUUGAUUUUAGGGACAGGAGAUGCCACGGGGAACCAAACCACAGUGAACCGGGCCUCUUUAUUACCAAAGUUAUGCGAGUAG